AUGCCGCAAUAUUGCUGUGUCCCAGGGUGCAAUAACUCAGGAGGACACAAAUUUCCAUCAGAUCCGGAGCUUCAACAGAAGUGGGUCGUCGCUAUCAAGAGAAUCGACCCCAAAACGAAACGGUUAUGGAGGCCUAAGAAACAUGAUGUUGUUUGCCAUUUCCACUUUCGAACAGAUGACUACAGAAAUUCUGGGCUAUUAGGAGACCGUUCCUGUUUGAAAGAAAACUCAAUUCCAACAGUGUUUAAGUUUCGGAACAGCAUUACUGAUGAGUCGCCUCGAGCGAAGCGGUACAAAAGCAGAGAGGUCUAUGAUGAUUUAUCUUUUCAAGAGCUUGAUAAUUUAGAUAUUCAAUGUGAAACUGAAGUCACAACGAUGGGGGAAAGUUCAAAACCAGAAUCAUGCUGUCCUAAUACAUGUGAUGAGGAAAUUCAGUGUGAAAUUCCUUCAUCAGUGAAAUACUCAAUCGAUAAUUUCCGUGUAGACGAUAGAGCAAUUUUGUAUUACACUGGGUUUGAUGAUUUUGACCACUACAUGCUGUUCUUCUACUGCUUGGGGCCUGCUGCAUUUGAAUUAAAAUACCAAUGCUCCCUACUACACCCUAAAGAUCAACUGUUUAUGACCCUUAUGAAAUUGCGACAGGCCAAAGAUGAUGUAGAGUUGGCAUUGCUGUUCAAAGUUUCCGAAUCAACUGUAUCCAGGGUAAUAGUCCAGUGGAUAAAUUUCCUGUAUUUCCAAUUAAAAGAGCUCAACAUCUGGCCGUCUAAGGAUAUAGUUGAGGAAACCAUGCCAGUUGAUUUUAAGAGGAAAUUUCCGAAAACAAGAGUAAUUCUUGAUGCAACUGAGGUUCCUAUUCAGAAACCAUCGCAUGUAAACUGUCAAAGUGUAACUUGGUCAAAUUACAAACAUAAGAACACAUUGAAAACCAUGAUUGGGUGCAGUCCUAAAGGUGCUGUUACUUUCAUAUCAGAUUCCUAUGGAGGUUCAGCAAGUGACCGGCAGAUAAUUGAAAAAUCAUGUUUGCUUGAUCCAACCAUAAAGAUGUUUGAGAAGGGAGACAGCAUUAUGGCUGAUAGAGGAAUUAUGGUUCAGGAUUUGUUUGCUUGUCGUGAUGUAGCUGUGAACACACCCACCUUCUUGAAGGGGAAAUCGCAGCUAGAAGCACAUGAAGUUGUCAAAGAUAGGAGAAUAUCAUCAAAACGUAUUCAUAUCGAGAGAAUUAUUGGAUUAAGCAAGAGUUACAAAAUUCUGAAACAUGGCAUACCAUGCAGCAAAAUUCUGUUAGGUUCUAGAAUAGUUUUCAUAUGUUUUGCCAUAUCUAAUUUCAGGAAGUGUAUUGUACACAAAAUUGCAUAG